AUGAUUUCUGGAAUCGCGCAUGUCAACAUUACUAUCCCGAAGGAUACCUUGCAUCAUGCCCAGGAGUUCUAUGGUACUACUCUCGGGCUGAUCUCGGCGCCGGUACCUGAGUUGCAGAAGGGGACUAUUCUAUGGUUCAACCUCGGCUCCAGUGGACAGCAAAUACAUGUUACAAUCGGUUCUACUGAUCCCACAUCUACCCGGCAUCCGUGCUUUAAGCUCGAUAGCCGUGAGGAACUUGAUGAGAUUAAGACGAGCAUCUAUGAACAUCAUAUUCGGGGUGGACCUGCAGCACCACUGGCUGCUGAUAAGCCUGGAGAGCAGGAUUCUGGGACCCAGGGAAAGGAGUAUCCCACACGCUUUUUUGCCCGCGAUUAUGGAGGUAAUUUGCUUGAAUUCACUAUGUAA